UUUAUUUCACGUUAUGUUAUUUAAUAUUAUACUUCUAUUUACAAUGAAUAUUAUUUUAUUUAUUAUGUUAUACUUUAAUCAUAAUUUGAAUUGCUCCCAUCGUAUUAAUCGAUCACUUAUUGAUCUGUUCUUCCAUUUCCGUUCAGGCUCUCGGCUCACGUGACCAGCCCCUUUGACCCCCUCCUCUCGCGAGAAUUUCCGCGGUUUACUGCGGGAUCCUGUCUGCAGGUCCAGGUCUGAUCCGGACUCAAACGAUCUGCACGUUUACAGAGUCGGUCAUGGAGGUGUCGGCUCACAGCCUCUUCCUGCUCCAGCAGCUUAAUGUUCAGAGAGAGUUCGGCUUCCUGUGCGACUGUACUGUCGCCAUUGGCAACGUCUACUUCAAAGCCCACCGUGCUGUCCUCGCCGCUUUUUCCAACUAUUUCAAGAUGAUUUUUAUCCAUCAGUCCAGUGAGUGUAUAAAGAUUCAGCCCACAGACAUUCAGCCGGAUGUCUUCAGUUACCUGCUGCACAUCAUGUACACUGGCCUGUGUCCCAAACAGCCGGUGGACCAGAGCCGCCUGCAGGAGGGCAUCAAGUUCCUUCACGCAUAUCAGCUGUGCAGGAAGCCUGGCGAGGGCGCCGCUGAUGCCAGCUCCGAUGUUGUCCGCAUGUCCAACCUCUACGGAAUCCAGAUAUCCUCCCAGCUGGCCAAUAAGGAGGCACCCGGGGUCCCCAAGUCGACCACAGUGUCCCGAGGAGCACCAGAGGACGGGCGCUCCAGCCGAGGGGGGCGAGCCCAUUCCCUGUCUCUUACUGUUGGGCUUGAGGGCAUCCCCUCAGAUCGCCAAGCCUCGGCGCUCCGGAACGUCUGCUCAGUGGCAUCUGGAGAUGACUCAGACAUCUCAAGCCGCAUCAAGCAGGAACGUGUGGAGGACGAGGAAGGUGAAGAUUGCGAAGGUGAAGGUGAGGAGGGGCCAGGGCCAGGGUCGCCCUCUCCCCGCCCCCUGGUUCUGCUCUGUCCUCGCUGUGGGGAGCGCUGCUCCUCCCCCGAGGGCCUACGGGAGCACCUUUUCAGCCACGCCCUCGACCCUGCCCUGUCACAGGGAGCAGAGCUGGACACCGGUGUUGAGGAGGGGCCACCAGGCUCCAGGGAGCAGCUAGACGCGGGGUGUCUAGAGGAAGCACUACGGCAAAGUCAGGCGCUGGCCAACCAGCUGGCGGCCGAGCUGCGACGAAGCCGAGGGGGCGGUGGAGGAAGCAGCCCUGCCCCCUCUGCCACUCCCACUGUCCUGCAUUCACGCAAGCGUAAGAUCGCCUGCGCUGUGUGCAGCCUACGCUUCACACACAAGAGCCAGCUGCAGGAGCACAUGUACACGCACACAGGAAAACCAGCACGCUUCCACCGCUACAACCGCCUUUGCAGUACGCUUUUCCAGGGCGCCGCCCAUUUCUGUGAGGCUGCUGCCGAGGCUGGGGGCGGGGCUGGGGGUGGGGCCUCGGUCGCAGCACUGUCUGAAGACGUCAGGGACACGCAGGACAAUGGCAGCUCCUGCUACUCGCUGGACUCAGAGAUCUCCCAGGAGAGUGUAGACGGCGUCCCGGUGGAGUGACGUUAGGAGGGGGGGAGGAGUCAGAAUGAGCUCUGUACCUGUACAGGUGUGUGUGUGACAUCAUCCAUAAGAAAGAAGAAAAAAUGACCUGUCAUCGUCCACCGGCUAAAGACAUGAGGACGAAGUGAGGUUCACUUCAGCCUCUGGAAGUGAACUGGGUCCAGGUCUGAACAGUCGAAGAAAAAAACUCAAUUGAAAGGAGUGAGUUUUAGAUUCUGUUUAACAUGAGGCUGAAACACACGUGGACUGAAUGGUCAGCUGACCUGUUGGAGGUUUCAUUUCAGCCAUGUGACGUUUAGAGACCACCCACCUGAUCUCUGUCAGCUAAAUGGCUGCUAGUCCAGGUUGUUUACAUCAUGUGACAACACGUUAUUUAUACAUUUAUUGAGAAAUUUCACUCAGAUACAGUUAUUAAUUGUUUUCUUGAACUUCUAGGACUUUUUUAUCAACUCUGAAAACAGUGUGAUUGUUUCCAUGUUCGUGUGGCCCUGAUGGUCUAUUUGUCUAAAGAUUGUAAUAAAUGAUCAUUUCGAUGUUUCAAGCAAUGGACUAAUCAAUUGGUCAUACAGUACAUGUGGUCAUUUCCAAAUGAAUGGUCCUCUCUAAACGUCCUGAGGUUGAAGUAAAUCCUCUGUGGUUUUGUCUUCAGUGCAACUGUCACAUCAUCAUCAGUUUAUCAACUUUUUAUUUUCUUCAUCUGAUUAUUUAUUGAUCGACUGGUCAAUCAGCAAGUACUAUGUGACACAUUCACUGACUUCAGUAAAUCUGAAGCUUACCUGUGUUCAAUGUCAGAAACAUUAGAGAAGCUGAGACAAGGUCUGCUGCUUUUUAACGCGUUUCAAAACGACAAAGACUCAUCGAAUCUGGAGAUUCAGUGAUGAGCAGCAGCAGUGCCUUGGUGUGUUUGAUUGAUUGAUUGUGUAUUAAUUUUUUAUCGGGUUGAUUGUGUCUGAAGUUUUGGGACAAUCAGACACGCCAGAUGAAAACCAUCGGCAGCUGCUUUUCUUUUCCUUACCGAUCAUUUUGAAAUUCUCGUUCUGCUUCUUUAAACCAGCCUGUUGUCACAUGACCUACCUGCAUCGAUCAUCGAUCACUGAUCUCUCUCUGGAGCCGUGUGUUGAUUAUUGGUGAAUGUUUGAUUGAUGUUGUGCUGUUUCUGUGUUCUCACUGUAAAAAAAAAAAACUCAACACACAUGCAUUGUUUUUUUGUAAAUAAAUGUCUUUUUGCACCAAA